AUGACUAAGUUUGUGGCUCUCCUCAGCGUGUGCUCCAUCAUUUUCCAUUUUUGCGGGGCGUUCAAGCUACCGCAUUGUUGCGAAAGGUGGGUGCUGCGGAGUGGAGGAGGACAUCCCGUUGGCGCCACGCAGCGGCACGGCGUCUACCCCAGCAAGGGCAAAGGGAGAGAAGGGAUAGGCAACAAUGCACCGCCCUGCUACCACAACAGACUGCGAAACCAUGGGGGGAAUAACCACACCAGGGUGUUUUACAAAAGCAAAAAGGAAAGGGACAUCCAGGAGUCAGGCUACCUAUACCCCUUCGAUCACUUAGAGAAAAAAAAAACGAAAUUUCCUCCGGACCCCUACCAGCCAAGUGACGAAGAGAGGGAAGAAAACGCGGCAGAUGUGCUCGAUGAGCAGCUAAGCGAUGAUGAGCUGCUCAGCUUUGACGAGGACGACGAUGCGAAGAGGCACUUUGGGGAGACAACCUUCAACGCGCCCAUCAGUGGGGGCGGCGCGGAUGGCGCGGAGGACGCGGAUGGUGUGGAUGCUGCAGAUGGUACUGAUGGCGCGGAUGACGCAGAGGGGGCGAAUGUUUCCGACCAGGCGGACGAGCUCAUCCCGCGCGAGCUCGUGGCGGAGGCCGCUAAACGGAGCGCCGCUCCAGACGAACCGCAGCGCGAACGGGAGGUGGUAACGAUCAGCGUGCAUUCCGCAGGAGAAGAGAGAAUCGAAGCAGAAGUGAUGAAGGACCAGCUGUACUACCUCUUUCACUCCUCCAUGGACAGCGCCUUCAUCGAGUUCUUUCGACUGCAAAUAGAGUUGUCAAUCCGUUCAGAGGAGAAAAACAUAUCCGCAGCGUACACCUUUGGGGAAAGCAACUACCAGGUGCCAAUAUCGUGUGUGGAAGACCUAAUAAACUUUUCCAAUCGUUUGCAAAAAUUGCUGACCAGCAGAAUGGAAGAUGCUCGCAGGGACCAAACCGAUGGAGAGAUGACCUACUUGAGCAAAAGCAUGCGGAAAGAACUCGAGAGGGGGAAAAAACAAAGGAACAUCACACACACGUCGAAAAGGAACUUACAGAUGAGCAUCGAGUCGUCCUUAAAGCUGAUUGAAAAGUGCACCGAAAAGAUGUACAGGCAAAACUAUGAACGUACUUUGCACGAUUUAAAAUUAGCCUACAGCAUGCUGCCGUGUAAAUACUACGGAUUUUUCCUCUCCAGCAUUUGUGCCAACAUAUCGAUGCUGUCCUACUACACAAAUGACAUGCAAGGCGCGUUGAACUUUUCGCUAAAGGCAAUAAAGUACGAACCCAAAUACGCGUUGGCGUGGAAAUGCCUGGGAGAUGCUUACAGAAGCUUCCGCAAAUUUUGGCAGGCCCACAAUUUCUACGAGAUAGCAAUACACUUGGGGUAUACAGACGAUAAGGGAGAGAACUUCAAAGAAAUCGUGGCCGAGUUAAAAAAAUUGACUGUGGCUGCUUUGAAGAAGGCAGAUAUGUUGAAGGAAAAUAUGAACAACUGCAGCAACGUUGUCGUGAAGAAGAACAUCGGAAUUGUGUUGAACAAAAAUCCGGAUUCGAUUGGGGGCUGUUACGUCUCCUACAUCAUUGAGGGGGGAAAAGCGAGCAAAAAGAAUUUCCACCACGGGGACCAAAUCGUUGCACUUAACAACAUCGUGACGUAUGGGAAGCCAAUUGACUUUUGCCUGAAAGCUUUCCAAAAGAAUGAGGGCUCCUACGACAUCGUCUUUUUCAGGGGCAACAUUAUCGAGCUGUACGGCCUGCGCGCCUACCAGUAUUUGCUCGAGCGUGGCCUUUUUCACACCCUCUUUGAAAACGAAAAAAUCGCGUCCUUCAAGCGGAACGAGGCCAUUCUGUUUGACUUGCGCGGGUUCGGCACCUUUUCCGAGUACGGCGUGUCGCUGGGGGGGGCGUAAAUGAGGCGGUAAAGUGGGG